UUAUUUUUCAUCAAAACACAUAUUCCCUUAAAAUUUUCAAAAGAAAUUUAUAACUAAAACGUCGUCGUAUUUGGAUGAGUGGGGGAAAGUGCCACGGAUCACGCUUUUACUGAUCCACGCGUUACACGAGAAAAACAAAAAAUCGUUAUCCUCUUCAGCUCUUCACCUCAGUCUUUCAUGCACUCAUACUCACCGAGUCAGACUCAGUGAGUGAAAACUGACCGAGUUAACCAAACAUGGCUCCCAUUCCGAACGAUUCAUCAUCUUCAUCAAUGGCGGAAACUUCUAAACUCAUCUUCCUCCCUAAUUCCGGUACAUUACUACUAUCUUCCCCCAAAUUCUCUCCAUUUCUCCAAGCUUCUUCUCCUCCUCCUCCAUCAUCUUCAAGAAAGCACAAUUUCAUUCAAUCAGAAAUUUUCGCCAUUGCUCAAAAUCUUCGCACCUCAAUUCUCUCCGCUGCUCAAAAUCUUCAUUCGUUCGCUUCUCAGAAUCCUCUUCUCAACAAAUUGCUCUCUCUAAACUCCUUCAAUCAGAUUCGUGAGAGAAGAAAUUAUCGGUGUGUUAAUUCGCUCUCUACACAUAAUUUCGCUGCUGUUCUUCCAGGAGAUUCGGUGGCUGGACUUGUGGUGGCUAAUGGUUUAUCGAACUUUCUUAAUCUCUACAAUACGGUUUUGAUUGUGAGACUUGUCUUGACCUGGUUCCCUAACGCUCCUCCCGCCAUUGUUAGCCCUCUCAGCACCAUAUGUGAUCCUUACUUGAACAUAUUCCGGGGAAUCAUUCCUCCACUUGGGGGCACACUGGACCUGUCUCCCAUUCUAGCAUUCCUUGUUUUGAACGCCUUUACAAGCUCAGCCGCUGCUCUUCCGGCUGAGCUACCAGCUUCAGAGACUUCUCCGGUGAGAUUUUCUCAUGCCACUACUACUACUUCAUCGCACAAGAAAUGGUUGAGGAGAGUUCAGGGUCAUGGCAAUGGAAUCAGAACUAAGAGUUCUAGUGAUUCUCAUUAGCUUACAAAGUCCUUUAAUGGGGUUUGCUUUUUUCAUUGAUUUCUGUUAAAUCUUUGCCUAAUUUGUUUUGGUAAUGAGAUGAGAUAUUAAUGGCUUCUCUUCCUUUAAAUUAUGCAAGAGCAUCACUAUUCACUACCUUUCUUGUUACAUUAUUGUAUUUAUAUAAAUAUGUAUAUGGCAUUACUUUAUAUGGAUAUGUAAGAAUUUUGAUAAAA